ACUGCCUGUGCGCCGGCGCGUUCGGGGCCCUGGCCGCCGCCUCCGCCAAGCUGGCCUUCGGCAGCGAGGGACCUGCAGUCUGUCCUCCGACCGGACUAGUUCGCGUUCCUACAUCCACUCUCUGCCUCUCAUUUUAAGCCCCUUGUGCCUGAACGUUUCUCUCCACGUGACUCUUAGGCUCUCACCUUUAAAAAAGAAAAAGGCUGCAAGGACUCGAAGUGAUGUCUGGAAUCGCUAGUUGAGUAGCGGGGGUUUUCCCUGAGCAGGGCUUGUCCUGGUUAAGAGCAUGGAGCCACUGCCUGCUUUUCAAUCCUGGAGCUUCCACGGGCUAGAGGCACUUGAGGUGAACAUGGCCUUCUGCAUCUUAGGCGUCAUCAUGAUGGCGACCACCAAUUCUCUGAUGUGGACGUUCUUUAGCCGGGGCCUCAGUUUCUCCAUGUCUUCGGCCAUUGCAUCCGUCACGGUGACAUUUUCAAACAUCCUCAGCUCGCCUGAUCCACAGGAAGCUGCCCCCCAGCGGAAAGACCACCGAACGCAAGCAGCAGUAGCAGCAGGUGCCAGGGGGACCCGCCGGAGAGACAGCACAGCGGCCCAGGUGCGGGAUGGCCUGUGGGGACCACCUCCCGGGCCUUCUGACCAUCGGCCAUGUGGAGAUGUUCCUGAGGGAAAUAGGCCCCUGACCCAGCAGGCUCGAGGGUGGCCAGCCGCAGCUUCUGGAAGGGGAAGGACAGGCACACGCGUAUUCGGCCUGAAGCCUUCUCGAUACACAUGGAUGGUGCUUUCAAUGCUCACAACCCUGACCCCCACCCCAGCGCCCUGUGGCAGACACUGGAGACCCCGGGGUCGGUCUGCGGGGUGUCGGGCCUCGAGACCGCGCUGUAAUUGCAAUCCUGUGGCCGGACGGAGGGCCGGCAGGUGACACUGGGGUGCGUUCCGGGGGAGCUUUCCGACACCUCCACGCGGCUGGACCGGGGUACCUGCGUCAUGCUUCUGCAGUUCAGCGAAGGGGAAGCUGGAUUAAUAAAUCUUUUGGUUUGUAAGUGAAAA